UUUGGGUUCAUUUAUUCAAUAUGGCGACUUUCUAAUAUUUUUGUUGGAAAGUAAACAAUAAUUUCUUAUUCAAGAAAUUUAAGUUAUGUUUGGUAAAAAGAAGGGCGAAGCCCCUGCUCCACCUAGGAGAAAGGGAGCUGAGUUAAUGUCACAGAUGGGCAUGGGUGGAUUAGGAGAUUUUGAGCAGGAGUUAUAUGGGGAUAUAGAUAACGAUGAAGACUUGGAGGCGGAGCUUAUGGCGUUACAAGGAAAACCACAGCCUAAAAAACGUAGACCUAAAGGUCCAGUAAAUCCUAUGGACUUUGAUAGGAUGAUUGCAGACAGUAUGAAAGAUCUAGAAGAUGAAGAUGUGUCUGAUACAGAAGAUCCUGAAUUACUGAAUGAAUUACAAGACCUUGAAGGUGGUGGGUCAGAUGAAGAAACAGAUGAGCCAGCCAGUGCACCAUCCUCCUCGGGUGGUGGUAGUGGGCUGGUAGCUGUGUUAGAGGACAGGCUUCAGAAUUACAAGGAUGCUUUAGAUGCAGCUACAUCUUCUGGUGAUACUUCCAAACAAAGACGUGCUGAUAGAGGAUUAAAGACUAUCCAAGACUUGCUGAAGAAAGCAAGGCAGGGUAAACCAGUUGAUGAAGGUGAUAUUCCUCCACAAGUUGCCAUCUCAGCACAAAAACGUGCCAGCCCCAACCACCAGCUCCGAACCCUGUACCCUACGUUCCAGCCGACGAUACAAGAAGAUGCUCCUAAACCUGCACCAGCACCAAGGAAGGCAGCCCCAGCUCCCCCUGUCCAAACCCAGCAGCCAGUACCUCAGGGCCAUCUUCUCAAGAAGAAUCAUCAGAGCACAGAAUGCUGGUAGAUAGACGUGACCAGUACAAGAAAGCCGCUCUGGCAGCCAAGCAUAGUGGUGACAUGACUACAGCUAGAAACUUUG